UCCACACCUUAGCAGCUAGGGAUGGCAGCCUACAAGAAGAGUGCUGGAAUAGACAGUCAUCUCACCUUGGGGGGAGCGCCCACAGUUCUUUUGCGAAGAAAAUGUUUUGCACAAUCUUGAACUUGUACUAUCCAUGCUGAUGGGACAGGAUCCAAUAUGAAUGUAAGUGAUGGAGGAAGACGACGCUUUGAGGAUAAUGAACACACAUUACGAAUCUAUCCUGGGACAAUUUCAGAAGGGACAAUUUAUUGUCCAGUUCCUGCCAGAAAAACCUCCACUGCUGCUGAGGUGAUCGACUCUCUCAUAAACAAGCUUCAGCUAGAUAAAAGCAAAUGUUAUGUUUUAGCAGAGGUGAAGGAAUUUGGUGGAGAAGAAUGGAUACUCAACCCUACAGACUGUCCAGUUCAGCGAAUGAUGCUGUGGCCUCGAAUGGCUCUGGAAAAUCGCUUAAGUGGAGAUGACUACCGCUUUCUUCUGAGAGAGAAAAACCUUGAUGGGUCAAUCCAUUAUGGUAGCCUUCAGUCAUGGUUACGGGUGACGGAAGAACGCCGCAGGAUGAUGGAAAGGGGCUUUCUUCCACAGCCUCAACAGAAAGACUUUGAUGAUUUAUGUAGUUUACCUGAUUUGAAUGAGAAAACUCUCUUAGAAAACCUACGAAGUCGCUUUAAGCAUGAAAAAAUUUAUACCUAUGUUGGCAGUAUUCUAAUAGUUAUUAACCCAUUCAAAUUUCUUCCUAUUUAUAACCCCAAAUAUGUCAAAAUGUAUGAUAACCACCAAUUGGGAAAACUUGAGCCCCACAUAUAUGCUGUGGCAGAUGUAGCUUAUCAUGCUAUGCUUCAGCGCAAAAAGAAUCAGUGCAUUGUGAUUUCAGGAGAGAGUGGUUCUGGGAAGACUCAAAGCACAAAUUUUCUUAUUCACCACCUUACUGCCCUUAGUCAGAAAGGAUUUGCCAGUGGAGUAGAGCAGAUUAUUCUUGGAGCUGGACCAGUACUUGAGGCCUUUGGAAAUGCAAAGACAGCUCAUAAUAACAAUUCAAGUCGUUUUGGCAAGUUUAUUCAAGUCAAUUACCAGGAAACAGGCACAGUGCUUGGUGCCUAUGUUGAAAAAUAUCUGUUGGAGAAGUCCAGACUUGUUUAUCAAGAGCAUAAUGAACGGAACUAUCAUGUAUUCUAUUACCUCCUGGCAGGAGCAAGUGAAGAAGAGAGGUUAGCAUUCCAUCUUAAACAACCUGAGGAAUAUCAUUAUCUCAACCAGAUAACAAAGAAACCCCUCAGACAGAGCUGGGAUGAUUAUUGCUAUGACUCUGAGCCGGAUUGCUUUACAGUGGAGGGGGAAGAUUUGCGGCAUGACUUUGAACGCUUACAGUUGGCCAUGGAAAUGGUAGGAUUUCUUCCCAAGACGAGAAGACAGAUUUUCUCUCUCCUCUCAGCAAUACUACAUCUGGGUGAUAUCUGCUAUAAGAAGAGGACGUACCGUGAUGACUCCAUCGAUAUCUGCAACCCUCAAGUGUUGCCUAUUGUCUCGGAAUUAUUAGAAGUGAAAGAAGAGAUGUUAUUUGAAGCAUUAGUUACAAGGAAGACUGUAACAGUGGGAGAAAAGCUCGUUUUACCGUACAAACUGGCAGAGGCCAUAACAGUGAGGAACUCCAUGGCUAAGUCCCUGUAUAGUGCUCUGUUUGACUGGAUAGUAUUUCGAAUUAAUCAUGCACUUCUCAAUAGUAAAGAUUUGGAGCACAAUACCAAGACUUUGUCCAUUGGUGUUCUUGAUAUUUUUGGGUUCGAAGAUUAUGAAAACAAUAGCUUUGAACAGUUGUGUAUUAAUUUUGCUAAUGAACGUUUACAACACUACUUCAAUCAGCAUAUCUUUAAGUUGGAGCAAGAGGAAUAUAGAACUGAAGGUAUUAGCUGGCACAACAUAGAUUAUAUUGAUAAUACUUGUUGCAUAAAUCUUAUUAGCAAAAAGCCAACAGGACUGCUCCAUCUUUUGGAUGAAGAGAGCAAUUUUCCACAGGCUACAAAUCAAACAUUGCUAGACAAAUUUAAGCAUCAACAUGAAGAGAAUUCUUAUAUUGAAUUUCCAGCUGUGAUGGAACCUGCUUUCAUAAUAAAACAUUAUGCUGGAAAAGUAAAAUACGGAGUAAAGGAUUUCCGGGAAAAAAAUACAGAUCAUAUGCGCCCAGACAUUGUAGCUCUUCUGAGAAGUAGCAAGAAUGCAUUUAUCUCUGGGAUGAUUGGAAUUGAUCCUGUAGCUGUUUUCCGUUGGGCAGUUCUUCGAGCUUUCUUCAGAGCCGUGGUUGCUUUCAGAGAAGCUGGGAAAAGACACAUUCAGAGAAAAACUGGACAUGAUGAUACAGCGCCAUGUGCAGUUUUGAAAAGUAUGGAUAGUUUUAGCUUCCUCCAACACCCAGUCCACCAGAGAAGCUUAGAGAUUCUGCAGAGGUGCAAGGAAGAGAAGUACAGUAUAACUCGGAAAAGUCCUAGAACACCUCUUUCUGAUCUCCAGGGCAUGAACACUCUAAAUGAAAAAAACCAGCAUGACACAUUUGAUAUUGCCUGGAAUGUCAGAACGGGGAUUCGCCAGAGCAGGCUACCAAGUAGUACCUCCUUGCUUGAUAAAGAUGGAAUAUUUGCAAAUUCGUCAAGCAGCAAACUUCUGGAAAGAGCCCAUGGAAUUCUCACGAGAAACAAAAACUUCAAAUCCAAGCCUGCUCUUCCAAAACAUUUGCUGGAGGUGAAUUCUUUGAAGCAUCUGACAAGACUGACACUACAGGAUCGCAUAACCAAGUCUCUUCUUCAUUUUCAUAAGAAGAAGAAACCGCCCAGUAUCAGUGCCCAGUUUCAGGCUUCAUUAAGCAAGCUGAUGGAGACACUUGGUCAAGCAGAGCCGUAUUUUGUAAAAUGCAUUCGCUCUAAUGCUGAAAAGCUGCCCUUGAGAUUCAAUGAUGCCUUGGUACUAAGACAGCUUCGAUACACUGGGAUGCUGGAAACAGUUCGAAUUUGUCAAUCAGGAUACAGCUCCAAAUAUUCUUUCCAGGAUUUUGUAAGCCACUUUCAUGUACUUCUUCCCCGAAAUAUUAUUCCAUCCAAAUUUAACAUUCAGGAUUUCUUCAGGAAAAUAAAUCUUAAUCCAGAUAAUUAUCAAGUUGGAAAAACCAUGGUCUUCCUAAAGGAGAAGGAACGGCAGCACUUACAAGACCUGCUUCACCAAGAGGUGCUACGCAGAAUCAUACUAUUGCAGCGAUGGUUCAGGGUCUUACUGUGCAGGCAGCACUUCCUUCGCUUGAGACAGGCAUCCAUCAUCAUCCAGCGUUUCUGGAGGAAGUAUCUGAAUCUGAAGCAAGUUAGAGAUGUGGCUAUACAGAAGGAUGCUUUUGUGAUGGCUGGUGCAGCUGCCCUCCUCCAAGCUUCCUGGCGAGCCCACUUAGAGAGGCAGCGGUACUUGGAGCUUCGGACCUCAGCCAUCAUCAUUCAGCAGAGAUGGAGGGAGCUCUAUAGGCGCAGGCACAUGGCUGCUACCUGCAUUCAGGCCAGAUGGAAAGGCUACAGGGAAAGUAAGAGGUACAAAGAACAAAGGGACAAGAUUAUCCUUUUGCAGUCAACAUGUAGAGGAUUCAGAGCAAGACAAAGGUUUAAAGCUUUAAAAGAACAAAGACUAAAAGAAUGCAAACCAGAGCAUGAAUUGGUGAAUAUCAAGGCAUAUGGAGCUCUGGAAAUUCAGGGCUCAGACCCUGCAGAAUGGGAGGAUUGUUCUUUUGACAACAGAGUAAAAGCUAUAGAAGAAUAUAAAUCUGUAAUGGAGAGUAAUCGAAUUAGCCGUGAAAGUUCAGUGGACUUGUCAAAAGAGUCUCCAGACAGGUGUCAGGAAAGAGGCCAAAGCUCAAGUGGUGUGUACGUGCAGGAAGAAGUGAUUGUAAGAGAGAGGCCCAAGUCCCUGGAGGAUCUGCAUCAGAAGAAAGUGAGCCGGGCUAAAAGAGAGAGUCGGAGAAUGAGAGAACUAGAGCAAGCUAUAUUUAGCUUGGAAUUGUUGAAGGUCCGUUCUCUAGGUGGUGUGUCACCUUCAGAGGAACGUAGAUGGUCUACAGAACUGAUGCCUGACGGCCUUCAGUCUCCCCAGGGUACACCAGAUAGUGAAAGUUCUCAGGGAAGCUUAGAACUUCUGAGCUGUGAGGAAAGUCAAAAGAGCAAGCAAGAAUCCAUAAUUUUAGAUAGAGAAUUGCAAGUUCCAUCACCUAAGGUACCUACCAGUAUAAAGCUAGAUUCCCAGGACGACGCCCUCAUUGCCUCAAGAGGGGGUAGUUCUGCUCUGGUUCAGAAAGGAGCACUUCCUGACUCAGAGCAUGUGAAUAAUGGGACUAUGAAGGAACAGCGGGUCUGCAGUUCAGAACCUAUCACCUGUUUACCCCAGCUGAGAGAGUCUUUUAUUUCUAAUAGUCUGCCUACAUUUUUUUAUAUUCCUCAUCAAGACCCCCUUAAAACAAGUUCCCAAUUAGACACAAAUAUCCAAAGAAACAAAUUAUUGGAAAAUGAAGAUGCACAGAGGACAGCUCUUACUUUGGAUAUAAAUAAGGAAGCUGCAAAGUACCACUUCUCAGCAGAUCAAUUGGGUUCUUUGAAUACAGAUUCUUCCAAUACUGUACUUAGGAAAUUAGAAAAGCUGAACACAGAAAAGGAAAAACGGCAAAAACAGAUGCAACAGCAGAAUGAAAAGGAGAUGAUGGAACAGAUUCGUCAGCAAACAGAUAUUUUGGAGAAGGAGCGUAAAGCCUUCAAGACAGUUGAACAACCAAGGACUGGGGAAUCUCUCCUGGCACCUUCUCUCGGUCACUCAAAGCAAAAAGUAGAGAGACCAUCUUCUCUCCUUAUCCUAAACACGGCAGGUAAAGGAGAACCUGGUGUACCUCCAUCCCAGUCAUCAGUAACUAAAAGAGAUGCAGCUGUUGCCCCAAAAGACAGUUCCUCUAUUCACUUACCUCAGAAGGACCGGCCUGUCACAUUGUUUUUUGAAAGAAAAGGAAGUCUGUGCCAGUCUAGUACUGUUAACGAGUUAUCCAAAACAGAAAGAACAAGCACUCAGCAGAAUGUAGCCUGUAAACUCGCGAAUAAUCGCAUUUCAAAAAGAGAACACCUUAGGCCAGCUCAGUCUUACAGCCACAAAUCCAGUGACCCUUCCAGAGAGGGAAAUACAAGGGCCAUUUUCUUCACACCAAAGGACAAUAUGAGUACUUUCCCUGUGGACAAGGAAUCGUUACACAGUGGAAAUCCUCAAGUCAGUAAACAAGAUGAACCAGCCUGGAAACCUAAAUUCGCAGGGCCGGGCCAGCGAGAGCAGGUUGCCAGACCGGCCCAUAAAAAGAAAGCUCGAAUGGCGCGGACGCGCUCCGAUUUCUUGACUAGAGGUACUUUUGCCGAUGGGGAGGGGGAUACAGAGGAAGAUGAUUACGAUGACAUUAUUGAGCCCCUUCUCUCCCUUGACCAAGCUUCUCACUCUGAGCUAGGGCCUGCAUCCAGCCUGGGUCAGGCCUCUCACAGUGACUCCGAAAUGACAUCACAGCGAUAUUCUUCAGUUGAUGAACAAGCAAAGCUUCAUAAAACUUUGUCUCAAGGAGAGAUUACAAAAUUGGCAGUGAGACAGAAGGCUUCUGAUUCAGAUAUAAGACCUCAGAGAGCUAAGAUGAGAUUCUGGGCCAAAGGAAAACAAGGAGAGAAAAAGACGACUAGAGUAAAACCUGCCACCCAAUCAGAGGUUGCAGCACUCUUUGCCAGCUCAGAUGUGAUUCCAACUCAUCAGUUUCCAGAUGAAUUAGCUCAGCAUCAUCCAACACCUCCUCUGAGUCCAGAACUACCUGGUAGUUGCCGGAAGGAAUUCAAAGAGAACAAAGAGCCCUCCCCAAAGGCAAAGCGCAAACGGGGUGUAAAGAUCAGCAGUGUGGCUGUGGAUUCUGUGCACUGGCAAAAUGACUCCAUCCAAAUUAUAGCAAGUGCCAGUGAUUUAAAAAGCAUGGAUGAGUUUCUUCUGAAAAAGAUAAAUGACUUAGAUAAUGAGGACAGCAAAAAGGAUACACUAGUAGAUGUUGUAUUUAAAAAAGCCCUAAAAGAAUUUCGACAGAAUAUUUUCAGCUUUUAUUCAUCUGCAUUGGCGAUGGAUGAUGGGAAAAGCAUACGAUACAAAGACCUCUAUGCCCUCUUUGAGCAGAUUCUGGAAAAGACUAUGAGGCUUGAGCAGCGUGAUUGGAGUGAAUCUCCAGUUAGAGUUUGGGUCAACACUUUUAAGGUGUUUUUAGAUGAAUACAUGAAUGAAUUCAAGACUGCAGACAGCACAACCACAAAGGUACCAAAAACAGAAAGAAAGAAAAGAAGGAAAAAAGAAACAGAUUUAGUAGAAGAACACAAUGGCCACAUCUUCAAGGCUACCCAAUAUAGCAUUCCUACAUACUGUGAAUACUGUUCUUCUUUAAUAUGGAUAAUGGACCGAGCUUCUGUUUGCAAAUUAUGUAAGUAUGCUUGUCACAAGAAGUGCUGUCUGAAAACCACAGCCAAGUGCUCUAAAAAGUAUGAUCCAGAGCUGUCUUCUCGACAAUUUGGGGUUGAACUGUCCCGUCUGACUAGUGAGGACCGAACUGUUCCAUUAGUGGUGGAAAAGCUUAUAAACUACAUUGAAAUGCAUGGACUUUAUACAGAAGGUAUUUACCGAAAGUCUGGGUCUACUAAUAAAAUCAAGGAGCUUCGACAAGGUCUAGAUACAGAUGCUGAAAGUGUGAACCUAGAUGACUAUAAUAUACAUGUCAUUGCAAGUGUAUUCAAACAGUGGCUUCGUGAUUUGCCUAAUCCACUCAUGACCUUUGAACUUUAUGAAGAAUUUCUUCGAGCUAUGGGUCUUCAAGAGAGGAAAGAAACAAUUCGUGGCGUGUACUCUGUGAUUGACCAGCUCUCUCGAACUCAUCUGAAUACACUUGAGCGCCUCAUCUUUCAUCUAGUUAGGAUUGCUCUACAGGAAGAGACUAACCGAAUGUCUGCAAAUGCUCUGGCCAUUGUAUUUGCUCCCUGCAUUCUCCGCUGCCCUGACACCACUGACCCACUACAAAGUGUCCAAGACAUCAGCAAGACUACCACCUGUGUGGAACUGAUUGUUGUGGAGCAAAUGAAUAAAUAUAAAGCUCGCCUCAAAGACAUCAGUAGCCUGGAAUUUGCUGAGAAUAAGGCAAAGACUAGACUUUCACUGAUUCGUAGAUCAAUGGGCAAGGGGCGGAUCCGCCGAGGGAACUACCCAAGUCCAUCCUCCCCUGUCCUAGUCCGGUUGCCUCCUGUGUCGGAUGUCCCAGAAGAGACCUUGAUGAGUGAGGCAGCCAUGGAGACUGAUGUCACAGAGCAGCAGCAGGCCGCUAUGCAGCAGGAGGAGAGAGUGCUGACGGAGCAGAUAGAGAGCCUCCAGAAAGAGAAGGAAGAGCUAACAUUUGAGAUGCUCGUACUGGAACCUCGAGCCUCUGAUGAUGAAACCCUAGAGUCUGAGGCCUCCAUUGGUACUGCUGAUAGCUCAGAGAAUCUGAACAUGGAGUGUGAAGGUGGCAUCUCUGAGAGAUCGGAGAGAAGCUUAGCUCUGAGCUCCCAGAAGGCCGCGGGCAAGUCACGAAAGCAGCUGAGAAAGCAGCAGGAUUCCAUGGAGUCGGUAGACUCCUCCGCCUCUUCGGGUCUACCCAGCGCUGCAUCAUCUCAUGGCACCCGAAAACGAUUCCAGAUUUAUUCCAAGUCUCCAUUCUACCGAGCAGCCUCAGCUGGUGAGGAAGGACCAUUGGGCCAGACCAAAUCUCUGGAAGACAGGCCUCAGUUUAUCAGCAGAGGAACAUUCAACCCUGAAAAGGGCAAGCAGAAACUAAAGAAUGUGAAAAACUCACCCCAGAAAACCAAAGAGACCCCAGAGGGGACAGUCCUGCCUGGUCGAAGGAAGAAUGUAGAUCCAGACACCAGCUCAGCCCAGCAGCUCGCCCUCAGUGGCAAUAAUGAGUUUAUGGUCUGAGCUGACACAUGCGCGUCCCUCACAGACUUGUAAAAAAAACAAAAACACGUCUCGUCCUGGGGCCUCUUCUGCCCAUCCACAGCAGUGGCGGUGUUUUCUCAGCAUAGGGCUAAGACCUGCGUGCUGACUUCCUUGGCCUCCUGCAGAAGUGGAAAGGCCGUCUGGAAGCCUGCUGGGGUGGUGCCAGCUGUGCCUUGGCAGCUCUGUUUGAAUGAAGAGUUCACUAAACCAGGCCCCCCUCCCUUCCCCGGGGGGAUCCCUGGAGCUAGGGGUUGCCUGUCUCCCACCCCACCCCCUUCCCUUACAGAGAGAGGUGCUGGACGGGAAGGGAGGGGCACUGGGGUCCUGAGGAAGCUUAACCAUGAAAGUGAAAGCCUUUGGGUUAUUUUAGGGUAGUUAGGAGCCAGGGCAGUAUGCAGUCUUUUUUCCAAGGAUUUAUAAACAGCCUAAGCCUUUAUUUUAAAAAUUUUGAACACUCCACAUUAUAUUCUGGGGAAAGUAAAACACGCUGCUUUCACGAAGCCAUCGGAGCAUGUCUCCAGUGCCUGUUAUGCCAUGGAGAAGAGAUGGCUGGUGUUAUGAUAAUCAGCUCUGGUUUAACUCCUGGUUAGGUUCUGCCAAAUCCAUCGCACGGGCUCAUGUUUCAGUAGCCAUAUUGUUCUGCGAUCCCUGAUCCUAGUGUCAGAUUCCUCUAGUUCUGUUGUUCGUGCUUUAAUAGCACAGAGUUUUAAGGGGUCUCUGUAUGGUUUCAUGUGGACUAAACUGACAGGCCGCUGCGAAGGAGCCUCUCCAGCCACGCCACUCCCGAACAAUCCACGCCACACUGCAUGAAUAAGUGUUACAGAAAGCUGCCAAGUUGGUUUUUUUGUUUUGUUUUGUUUUUUAGGUUUUUAGUAUGGCCCAUCUAACUUUUAUCUUCUUUUCCUCAGACCAUCAGUAUUAAAUAGAUGAAAAAAAAAAUUGAGGACUACUUGAAGCUAUUUUGUUAAUAUACUGGUUACUGAAGUUUACUGUAAAUAUAUAUGUACAGUAUGCCUAUUCUAACCUGUGCUUCCCUCCUUCCCAUGGAAUUUCUUCGUGCAGAUUGGGGGCCACUGGACAGGGGUGCACGUGACCAUGUUCUUCACCCCCCAUGGUCUCCAUACACCCAAGUUACCGGAAGCCUCCUAGCAUUUGUGGGAUUAGAAAUCGGUUUUUGCUAUUUAUAAUGUAUAUAAAACAGAACAUCCUUUCUUGAGAUAGUAUGUGAAAAUGUUUACUUUUAAAGUUACUAAAUACAUCUUUUCUAACUAUCACAUGCACUGUUCUGAAGAAGAGCCUUUGCCACCUGUAACCAGAAGUUUGGUUGUUCUUCCCUCUUAUAAUGCUUUAAAGUCCUUUGUGAAGGCAGUGUCUCCUCCCACUGCCCCACGUCAGACCUAGGUGUCAUUCUGCAUGGAGCAGGAGGAGUCUGCCCUGGCCUGGUUUGGGCUGAGAACUGGAACCAGGCUAAGGAAGCUCUGAGAAGCUGCCAAGUGACCGUCAGUGAGUCUACCUCCUUGGGCAUGCUGUCCCUAGGAGCAGCGACCGAAGCAGGCACUUGGGAUGGCCCUGGGGG